GACUCCGCAGGGGAAGGCAGUACUGAGGUGGGGAGGGUGGCUGUGCAGCUUGGUGAGAAAAAGGGAUCAGACAGGAAUCUCCAGUUUACUUCUUGCUGGGAGUUCCAUCUGGUAAAAGUCAUGUCAUCCAUAUUGCCAUUCACCCCACCAGUUGUGAAAAGACUUCUGGGGUGGAAAAAAUCUGCUGGUAGCUCUGGAGGGGCUGGUGGUGGUGAGCAGAAUGGUCAGGAGGAAAAGUGGUGUGAAAAAGCAGUGAAAAGCUUGGUCAAGAAGCUCAAGAAAACAGGACAGCUGGAUGAGCUGGAGAAGGCCAUUACCACCCAGAAUUGCAAUACAAAAUGUGUGACAAUACCAAGCACUUGCCCUGAAAUUUGGGGACUGAGUACACCAAACACGAUAGAUCAGUGGGAUACAGCAGGCCUUUACAGCUUCUGUGAACAAACCAGAUCCCUUGAUGGCCGUCUGCAGGUAUCUCAUCGUAAAGGAUUACCGCAUGUUAUUUACUGUCGCUUGUGGCGCUGGCCAGAUCUUCACAGCCACCAUGAACUUAAAGCAAUUGAAAACUGUGAAUAUGCUUUUAAUCUUAAGAAGGAUGAAGUAUGUGUAAACCCUUAUCACUAUCAGAGAGUGGAGACACCAGUCUUGCCUCCCGUACUAGUGCCGCGGCACACUGAGAUUCUAACAGAACUUCCACCUCUGGAUGACUACACCCAUUCCAUUCCUGAAAACACUAACUUUCCAGCUGGAAUUGAACCACAGAGCAAUUACAUACCAGGUACUUUCUUAAUUCCCACUGUAAACAGUGCAUUUAACAUUGUGCCACUGGAACAAAGAUG